UGCCACAUGCCAGUGCCACAUCAAUGCCACAUAUCAGUGCCCAUAUGAGCUGCCUUUCAGUGUCACCCAUCAGUGCCAGUCAGUGCCACCUAUCAAUGCUAAUCAGUGCCACCUGUCAGUGCUGCCAAGCAGUGCCACCUAUCAGUGCCAGUCAGUGCCGCCUAUCAGUGCCAGUCAGUGCCGCCUAUCGGUGUGCAUCAGUGCCACCUAUCAGUGCCACUCAGUGCCUCCUAUCAGUGCCAGUCAUCAGUGCCACCUAACAGUGCCAGUCAGUGCCUCCUAUCAGUGCCAGUCAGUGCCGCCUAUCAG